AUGAAUUUUUUAAUUUCUAAAAAAUUAAAAAAAAUAUUCCAUUCAACAUUUUCAAUGAGACUUAUAAUAAUAUUUUUAAUUUAUACAUUUUAUAUAAAAUUAAAUAAUUGCAUAUAUAUAUAUAAUAAUUCAAAUAGUUUAAAAGAUAUAGAAUCCUAUAAAGAAUCCCUUAAUUAUAAUAUUCCAAAAUGUGAUUCUUGCUUUAAUUGCUCCGUUUGUAUACACGAAAAUGGAGUAUCGGAAAAUAUAAUUCCAUUGGUUGCUGUAUCUAGUAAACGAAAAUAUUUUUAUGAUAAAGUUAAUAAAGAAAAAGGUAAUAACAUUGACUUCAGAAUAGAAAAAAAAAAUGUAAUGUUACGAAAAUAUAACAAUGAUUCUAAAGAUAAUUUUUUUUUAUUAAAUAUAUUAAAUAAAAAAAGAAAAAAAUCUUAUAAUUUUCUUGAAAAUGAUAUACCAUCCAAUGUUUCAAAUAAUAGAGAAAAUAUUAAGAAUGAAACUGUUAUAGAGGAAAGUAAUGAAUAUUAUAAGGCUAAUAAGAAUCUUACUAAAGAUAAUGAUGCGACAAAUGAUAGAACUGUUAAAAAUGAUAUGAAUAGUAAACAAGGUGAUAAAAAAAUAUAUCAAAAAGUCCACAAUAGGAAUAAUUUGUUAAAUAGUAAAGUGACUUUACCCUUACAACAGUUGCAAGAUAGUCAAUAUGUUGGUUCUAUUCAAAUAGGAAAUCCGCCGCAAACGAUAAGGCCCAUUUUUGAUACUGGUAGCACAAAUGUAUGGGUAGUCAGUACAAAAUGCAGUGAUGAUACUUGUUUAAAAGUGAAAAGAUACAAUUAUAAAUUAUCUAGAAGCUUUAGAUAUUAUAAACCGUACACAAAUUUAGAUAUUAUGUUUGGUACAGGAAUAAUUCAGGGAGUAAUAGGAAUAGAAACAUUUAGAAUAGGCCCACUUAAAGUAGAAAAUCAGUCAUUUGGUUUAGUGAAAAAAGAAAAAGGAAAUGAGGAAAAAUCUAAUGUUUUUGAAAGAAUAAAUUUUGAAGGAAUAAUUGGUUUAGCAUUUCAUGCAAUGCUAUCUACGGGAAAUAAAACCAUUUAUGAAAAUUUAGUUUCAUCUUAUAAUUUUAAAUAUAAUGAAUUUUCAAUUUACAUAGGAAAAGAUAAUAAAUUUUCUGCUUUAAUAUUUGGAGGUGUAGAUAAGCGAUUUUUUCAAGGAGACAUUUAUAUGUUUCCAGUUGUCAGAGAAUAUUAUUGGGAAAUAGAAUUUGACGGUUUAUACAUCGAUCAUCAGAAAUUUUGUUGUGAUCCUAGUUCGAUUGUUUAUGAUUUAAAAAAGAGAAAUAAAAGAGACAAAAAUUGUUUUAUCCGAAAAUUUUUUAAAAGAAUUUCGUAUUUCAAGAAUAGAAACCAAAUAGAACAAAAUAAUUAUAUACAUGAACAAAAAAUAAAAAAGCAUAAAAAUUAUUUAAUAUUUGAUUCUGGAACAUCUUUUAACAGUGUACCUAAAUCAGAAAUAGAAUAUUUUUCAAAAAUUGUUCCUUCAAAAAAAUGUGAUGAUAAUAACAUUGAAGAAGUUGUUGCUAGCUAUCCUAAUUUAACCUACGUUAUUAAUAAAAUGCCAUUUACUUUGACACCGGUACAAUAUUUAGUUCGUAAUAAUGACAUGUGUAAACCAGCCUUUAUGGAAAUAGAAGUUUCACCUGAAUAUGGUCAUGCAUAUAUUUUAGGAAAUGCAGCAUUUAUGAGAUAUUAUUACACUGUUUACAGAAAAGGAAAAUUAAAUGAAAAUUCAUAUGUAGGGAUAGCGAAAGCUGUUCAUGAAGACGAAAACGAGAUAUAUUUGAGUUCUCUUCAUAGAAAAAUUAAUAAAAUGUGA